ACCACGAUUUCUGUUGCAAAUUAAGCUCGCUCGCUCCCUCGUACCCCCACCUCACACAGACUGUGCUGCUGCUAGCCGUACCGUGUAAUGGAGCAGGAGCUCAGCCUUGAGCUCACCCUCUUCCACGCCUCGGCCUCGCCGGAGCCGCCGGGCUACUUCGUCUGCAUGUACUGCGACCGCAAGUUCUUCAGCUCGCAGGCGCUCGGCGGCCACCAGAACGCGCACAAGUACGAGCGCAGCCUGGCCAAGCGCCGGAGGGAGAUCGCCGCCGCCCUGCGCGCGCACGGGGCGGCCGCCGCCGCCAGCCCCGGCGCUGCCGGAGUCGUCUUCGCUGAAGAUAAGAGGGCGAGGGUGGACGAGCAGCUGCAGCCUGCUGCAGUUGCCGCUCCGGUGCCUGCCCAGCCGAGCAGCAGGAGGAGGUCGUCGGAGCAUGGCUACGGCGUCGAGCGCGCCGACGAGCUGGACCUCACCCUCAGGCUUUGAUUGGUUCCUCUUCAAUCCUCCCCCUCCACCUUUAAUUGGCCCCGUUUGCUUAGAUAAUUCGAUCUUUAUGCUGGUGAGUGCAAGUCAGCUGUGUUUCGAGGUAACCGUGUGCGUCAGUGUUGGAUUCCAUCGAUCAUAUCAAUUCCUCAUGUACUACUAGUUGUGUAACUGUGUUCUUCUGAUGGAAUUUAUCGGCCGGCAAGAACUAUUGCCGGCCCAUCCUGCUAUCCAAAGAGCGUGGUAUUUGGUGUGCUCUUCGGUUGUGUCUUGUGUCCUGAUCUUUGUUACGUUCUCAAUUAUUAGAGCUUUCAGUUUUUAGCAGGCAGGCAUCGAUCUUUAAUUGAAAUAAUCUGUUGGGAGCUUCAUUCUUCA